UCGCGGUGGUGCGCUCUAUAAAAGUGUAAACGCGACCUGGUAGAGACAUCAGUUCGACGCAUUGGCUCAUCUCCAUCAGGUCAACAUGAAAGUAUUUGUCUGUUUGCUGGCUGUGGCCGCGGUGGCUCAAGCAGGAUUCAUUGGAGGAGGAGCUGGUGGUGGUGGCUACGGCGGUGGUGGAUCCUCCCACGGCGGCGGCGGAGAUGGUGGCUACAGCUACGGUGGCGGCGGUGGCGGUGGCUCAGAUCACCAUGGCGGUGGUGGUGGUUCCCCGCCUGUCAAAGUCAUCAAAGUGAUCCACGAAACUGCUCCAGCUGGUGGCUCUGGAGGCUGGCAAUCCGGAGGAGGCGGCGGCGGCGGCGGCUGGUCGGCUGGCGGUGGUGGCGGAUAUGGUGGACAUGGUGGACACGGCGGCGGUGGCGGCGGCCAGGAAAUCAAAAUCAUCAAGAUCAUCUCGCAGCAGGCUUCGUCUGGCGGCCAUGGUGGUGGCGGCUAUGGAGGUUCCUCUGGAGGAUAUGGUGGUGCAUCUGGUGGCGGCUGGUCAUCGGGUGGUGCUUCCAGCGGUGGCUGGUCCUCUGGAGGUGGAGGUGGUGCUGAAGCUGUGAAGAUCAUCAAAGUCAUCUCGGAAUCGGACUCUGGAGCUGGAGACUCCGGUGGUUGGUCCUCGGGUGGUUCGUCCUACGCUGGACCCAGUUCCUCGUAUGGUCCUCCCAGUUCCUCGUACGGCCCUCCCAGUGGCUCCUACGGUGCCCCAUCCAGUGGUGGCUGGUCCUCCGGCGGAGCUUCCAGCGGCGGUUGGUCGUCAGGUGGCUCCUCCAGCGGAGGUUGGGCUCCCCAGGGCGGUGGCAGCUGGUAAUUGUGAUAACCCGUGAUUUUAUUGUCUUCAUUCCACCACCCCACACCCAUUGUUCCAUCUCACAUCCAUUUCUCUGUUAUGCCCCAUACCACCAUAUUUGUUAAAUAAAACUUUUCUGUUUGAUCAUUUCCCAAAAAAAGGAGUGUCUAAUUUGCCAAACUCUAGCGCACGGAAAAAAGGAGCAACCCAAGAAAUCCUUUUACAACUUU